AUGAAAAAAGCAGAGGAAAAAGAGGAAAGACGAAAAGCGCGGGAGCAGGACAAGAAUUUUGUGGAGUAUCGAAAAGAUCAGAUUUUGCGCGAUAUCAGGCCCACGAAUAAGGGUUUCAAUAUGAAAAAGUUUGAUGAGGUGAGCGAAAAUCGAAGCCGAGCCAAAUGAAAAAUCAAUAAAAAUCAAAAUUUUCCAGUCAUUCCCCGAAAAACGUCGUCCAGCUCGUCAAAAUACUCAAAUGGAGUUCGGCGAACUCAUGCACAAAUAUUUGACUCUUCGACCCGACGGCCGAUUUGCCACGUGGCAAGGAAAACUGAAGACCAAAAAGAGUUUGGCGCAAGGGAAGGCGGACGCGUUGAAGAAGGUGGUGACGGGCGGGAAGAAUGCGGGUGGCAAGGAUCAGUCGAAACGAGCGCAGAAGAAUUAUAAUAAGGCGUUGCAGAAUAAUUUGAGAUUGGUCGAUGAGGUUGAAGAGGAUGGUAAGGGAAAUGGGGGAAAUUUGGCGGGAAUUCGACAAAUUUUGAUGAAAAAUCGCAGUUUUUCACACCAAAAAUCAAAAUUUCUCGAUAUUUUGGUAUGCAUCAGACUAUUAUCGAAAAUCUCAUCGGUACCACGCGCUCCACCGAAAUAAACACGCAACGCAGACCGCGCCGCGCCACAACACACACGAAAAAGGGAGGGAAUUUGAAUCGUUCCCUCAUUUGUGUGUGUUGUGGCGCGACGCGGUCUGCGUUGCGUGUUUAUUUCGGUGGAGCGCGUGGGACCGAUGAGAUUUUCGAUAAUAUGUUGCUCAUAUUAGUUCCAAAUUUGACACUAAUAUGAGCAAUCUAUAUUCGAAAGCAUCAAAAAUAUCGAUUUUUACGAGAAAUGAGCUUUUUCUGUUAGAAAAUUUGUGAUUUUUAUGAAAAAUUGCAAAUUUUCAUUGAAAAUUAUAGUUUUCUAUGCUCAAUUCUCGUAAAAAUCGCAGUUUUUCAUACCAAAAAUCAAAAUUUCUCAAUAUUUUGAUAUGCAUCAGACUACACACAAAAAUUGAACAUAUGUUGCUCAUAUUAGCUCCAAAUUUGACACUAAUAUGAGCAAUCUAGCUAAAUAACAUCCAAAUUUUAUAGAAAAAAUUGCAUUUUUUACAAAAAAAUCUGCAAUUUUUGAGCAAAUCUCGCAAUUUUUCCCCAAAAAUCGCAAAUUUUCAGACGUUGAUCAGAAGAGAUUGAAAGAGGCCGCCGAAUUUUUGUGCAAAGACGAUGUUGAGGCGAAGAAUAAAUAUUUGCUGAAUGCCAUCGUCGACAACAAACCGUUUUGGCUGAUUGGAGAUCCGUGGGUUUUUCCAGGCUUUGGGAAAUUUGGAUUCUUCUCGAAAUUCUGAGCAUUUUGAUAUCAGAAACUUGAUGCUGUACUUCAAAAAUUCGAAAAAUCUAUCUCAUUUCAGCCUAGUUCCCGAAGAAGAGGAAGAGGAAGAAGUUGUGGACGCAAAAAUGUUGUCGGAAUUUAUGGCCAAACGAUUGCCGGUCAAAUCGAAUCCCAGCGAGCGAAAAUCAUUUCACACGUGGGGACCGACACCACAACUUUGGAAUGAGUUGAAGUUUUUUAAUGACAAGUUAGUCCAAUUUUUCUGCGAGUAGGAAAAAUCUAAUCUAUUUUUUCAAAUUCUAGAAAACUGGUGAUUGGCAAUACUUUGGAAUCAAUCACUGCUUCGAGAGCUCGCGAUAAUCCUGACAGGUGAGCAAAAAAAUGGCCGAACUUUUGAGGUGGCCGAGGAUAGUCGGGAACUCGACCGCCCAUUUUCGAAGCAUUAGAGCGCACUUGUUUCUUUGGCCGAAUUCCCGACAUUUCUCGGCCACGCGUCUAUUUUUGCAGAAAGAACAACUUCACAAAAGCCGAAGUGACUUGGAAUCCCAAAACAAAACUUGUUGAUUAUGUGAUGGAUUCGAUUCCCAUUGAGAAAACCGCGAUUUAUGGAGGAGCUCUGGGCGAUUUUACAAGGAAAAAAGGAGCGGCUGAAUGA